UACCGUUUAAUUAAUUCUAAUUAUAUGGAAUUGUAUAAUUUGACCAUAUUCUAACUACUAUAUCUGCAAUUGCCUUUCUUUUGCGUUGAAGCCCAAAAAGAAAAGAUUUAGGGUAUUUAGCAAAAUAUUUAGGGUAAAAAAAAAAACACAGCCCUGCAUGCCUUAAAAAGAGGGACAACAAAGAAAGCAAGAACAAAGGAGAAAGAACACAAACACAAACCUCAUCAUACAUUCCACCAUUUUUUUUUAACUCUUCUUUAAUCUCCUUCGUCAUUCUUCCUUCUCUUUUAACAAUGGCCUCCGAGAUCCAUAGCCUCCUUCAAACUCUCUUCUUAGUUUCAUCAUCUCUUUCUCUCUGUUUCUCAAUCAGAAACUCAAUCCCGAAUGGCUUCUUCAAAUUCCUCUUAAUUCUCCCCUUCUUCUUCCUCUUCCUCUACAUUCCUCUCCAAUUCCAUACCAUCCAUUUCCAAGGCCCCAUCGGCUUUUUCAUUGGUUGGCUCGGCAGUUUCAAGCUCCUCCUCUUUGCCUUCGGUAAAGGCCCUCUCUGCUCCGCCGCCACCUCCUCCUCCCUCCCCCGCUUCCUCGCCGUCGGCUCCCUCCCAAUCGAAAUCCCCGACCACAAAUCCCCCCCAAAUCAUUCCCUUAUCCCCCCUUCCGCAAAAUUAAUAUUCCUAAUCCUCACAAUCCUCGCCAUCAAUUUCAAAAAUCACCUCCAUCCAAACGCAAUUCCCCUGUUCUACUGCCUCCUAAUCUACUUCUUCCUCGAAUUCCUCAUCGGCACCACCGCCACCCUAGCCAAAACAGUUCUCGGAGUCGAGUUAUUGCCCUAUUUCAACGAGCCCUAUUUCUCUGAUUCGUUACAGGAUUUUUGGGGACGACGAUGGAAUCUAAUGACCUCUAGAAUCCUUCGCCUCACCAUUUACGAUCCAUGCCGGAAUCUAACCAUCGGCGUCAUCGGGAGGAGACCGGCGUCAAUGGUGGCGGUGAUAGCGACAUUUGUAGUCUCUGGUCUUAUGCACGAAUUGAUAUAUUUCUAUAUGGGAAGAAUGGCGCCGACUUGGGAGGUGACUUGCUUCUUUGUGGUACAUGGAGUUUGUGUGGUGGCGGAGAUGGCGGUGAGGUUAGGCGCCGGUGGGAGGUUCCGGGCGCCGCGAGUUGCAAGAAUAUGUUUAACGAUAAUGUUUGUGAUGGGAACGGGAAGUUGGCUUUUUUUCCCGCAGUGUAUUAGGGCUAAAAUGGACGUUAGAAUGCUUGAAGAGUACGCCGCAAUAGGUGCGUUUUUUAAGACUAUUACGCUCCAUUUCAUCCCACCCUUUAACCCUACUUCUUUUCUAUUCCAUUAAAAAUAUUUCAAAUUAUAAAUUUUAUUUCAAUAAUUCUGAGACUAAAACAUCAAAAUCAUUCCAAUUUUUUUUCCUACUAAUUCACAAUCAUAUGUUAUGGUAUUAUUUUUCUGAUCAAAAUAUUUUUUUUAAAAAAAUUCAAUUCUACUUCAAAUCA